AGAUUCUUCUCUUCAGGGAUUGGAAGGUAGAAUGCCACGUGCUCAUCUACAGUUGCAAGCCCACAUCAUCACACAGUGCUUAACCCACUUUCUUACUACUACUGCAGCGCCACGAGAUAUAAACAAGAGUGUUACAUCACUUUAUAAAGGCUCUUUGGAAGCAGAGAGAGAACCAUGGAAGCUCUGAAGGGCUUUGAUAUCGACGCCCCAUGCUGGGAUCAAUCCACGUUCAUGGGCCGUCUCAAACACUUUUUCAACAUCACUGACUGUCGCACUGUUCUACUGCCUGACUCCAGACUGGACGAAGCCAAAGCUUUAGUGGAGAGCUGCAGAGCUGGCUCUGUUCCUCCUGGCACAACAGAGGAGCAGCUACACUAUGCCAAGAAGCUGUAUGACUCUGCAUUUCAUCCUGACACAGGUGACAGGAUGAACCUGAUAGGGAGAAUGUCAUUUCAGGUGCCUGGGGGUAUGGCCAUCACGGGGUUCAUGCUUCAGUUUUACAGGACAGUUCCUGCUGUAGUGUUCUGGCAGUGGGUUAACCAGUCCUUCAAUGCUCUGGUCAACUACACCAAUCGCAAUGCUGCCUCCCCCAUCACACCAAAGCAGAUUGGAGUAGCUUAUGUGACGGCAACAAGCACAGCGCUGGCCACUGCAGUCGGUCUGAACCUCUACACAAAGAAAGCUCCUCCACUGGUGGCACGUUGGGUGCCGUUCGCUGCUGUGGCCGCGGCUAACUGUGUGAAUAUUCCAAUGAUGAGACAACAGGAGAUUUUGAACGGCAUUGCUGUGACCGAUGAAGAUGGAAAUAAACUGGGCCACUCAAGGAAAGCAGCUGUCAAGGGCAUCACACAGGUGGUCAUCUCUCGAGUUACCAUGGCAGCGCCAGGCAUGAUCAUACUCCCCAUUAUUAUGCAGAGGCUGGAAAAAUACAGAUUCAUGCAGAAAAUCACAUUUCUUCAUGGGCCACUGCAAGUCAUGAUGGUUGGCGUAUUUCUGAUCUUCAUGGUGCCUGCAGCAUGUUCACUGUUUCCUCAGACAUGUUCUAUAGCUGUAUCCAAACUGGAACCUGAGCUCAGGGAGUCCAUCAUUUCUCAGUACGGGGACCGCAUCAGUUAUGUCUACUUCAACAAGGGAUUGUGAGUGCUGGCGAAUCACAGACUGGAUUCACGAGUCAUCGGCCUAUUAGAAGCUCUUUUUGACAAUUUUUUGCUAAAGAAGUUGCUAAAAAGAAGCUUUUAGAUUUGAGGUUUUAUUUCAUAACUCAGAAAGAAGGUUUUUAUGCACUAAAGCAUAAUUUAUGGAUAGUUUUUUUUACAUUUGGCCCUGACUGCUGCAAAGGAUCAUUUUGAUUUGUGAAUCAAAAUUCUCUGUAAAAAUAAAUUUUACAGAGAAUUUAUAGACAUUGGAUAAACCUGGUCCAGUUGCCCUGUCAUCCGUUCCUGUUGUAUAUGAUCUACCCUGAAUAAUCAUGAACAGAUUGAAAAGCAUGAGAACUGUUUCCCUCUGAUGCCAAAUGCCAUCAUUUACCAGAUACAUCUCUCAGGAAGAGUUUUUUUUAAAAGGUUUAAUGCUUUAAUAGCCUCUAAAGCCAUCAGUUGAAAUCAUUUUUUCAGGUUUUUCUUAAUAUGUCAGACAUUUAGGAAUAUACAGUCAGAUCAUAAAUGUUUACAUUUGAAAUACCAGUUACAAGCAUAAAGUUCGGGAAAGUACAGUCUAAUAAACAUCAGUUUGAAAGUAUUUCACGGUUAGAGUGUGCCUUAAAAAAUAUUCAUGGCGCUCGCUGGGUCCAUAGCCUGCCCUCACUCUGAACUAUCUGAGUUAUGUACUUGUUUUCAUCAUUACAAGAUGAUGAAAUAAACAGACAGCUGUCGAAAUAAACCCCUGGUCUGUGAUAACUCAUGGGAGUUGAACCAAAGUGGACCUUGUGUUUAUUUUAUCUACAACUGUGCGCUCGAUAUUCAUUCCUGCCUCAUGAGGGCAGUAUCUGAUCAUUAAAGUUUUGUGAAGGUAAAUUCCUGUGAAGGAAUAAAGGUAUUCACACUGAUGGGCUAAAAUAUACUAUAAAGCCACCAGAAACCACUUUUUU